AAAGAGUCCGUAGCAAGGUGCCGCCACGCGUGUCUGAUAAGGUUCAAUGGCGUGGCAGGGUCUGGCGACCGAGUUCCUGCAGGUGCCAGCGGUGACGCGGGCCUACACCGCGGCCUGCGUCCUCACCACCGCUGCGGUGCAGCUGGAGCUCCUCAGCCCCUUUCAGCUCUACUUCAACCCGCAUCUCGUGUUCCGGAAGUUCCAGGUCUGGAGGCUCGUCACCAACUUCCUCUUCUUUGGACCCCUGGGAUUCAGCUUCUUCUUCAACAUGCUCUUCGUGUUCCGCUACUGCCGCAUGCUGGAGGAAGGCUCUUUCCGUGGCCGCACCGCCGACUUCGUCUUCAUGUUUGUCUUCGGGGGUGUCCUUAUGAUCCUGCUGGGGCUCCUGGGCAGCCUGUUCUUCCUGGGCCAGGCCCUAACAGCCAUGCUGGUGUAUGUGUGGAGCCGCCGCAGCCCUCAGGUGAGGGUCAACUUCUUCGGCCUCCUCACCUUCCAGGCGCCAUUCCUGCCUUGGGUGCUCAUGGGCUUCUCACUGCUGCUGGGCAACUCGAUCCUCGUGGACCUGCUGGGGAUUGCUGUGGGCCACAUCUACUACUUCCUGGAGGAUGUCUUCCCCAACCAGCCUGGAGGCAAGAGGCUGCUUCUGACCCCUGGCUUCCUGAAGCUGCUACUGGAUGCCCCAGAGGAGGACCCCAAUUACCUGCCCCUCCCAGAGGAACAACCAAGACCUCUGCAGCAGUGACCCCACCAGGGCUAGGGCCCCACCCCUCACUGCCAACUUGUAGCUGAGCAACCUGUCCUGGAGGCUGAGCCCAGCCAAAUAAACAGAAUGACCUGCA